GAGAGAGAAAGGAAGCGGCCAACAAACCAGAAGUUCUUGGAGGACCCAAGGAGAGAGAAAAAUGGCUGCUUCUUUUGCCAUCCACUCAGCUUCUUCUCUUGUUCCCACGACCAGAGCUUCGAAGAGCUUCCAUGGAGGCCUCCACCAUAGCCAGUUCCUCACCUUCCACAGCCCCAACCAAGCCUCCAGAAAGCCCCUCUCUCUCAGGGUCCGAGCUGCCAAACUUCCCUCUGGGGUGGAAGUGCCGAAAGUAGAGCCCAAGUUCGAGGCUCCAUUUCUUGGAUUCACAACAACUGCCGAGGUUUGGAACUCCAGAGCUUGCAUGAUUGGCCUCAUCGGGACAUUCAUCGUCGAACUGAUAGUGAACAAAGGGAUUCUUCAGGUGAUUGGAGUGGACGUGGGCAAGGGCCUCGAUCUUCCUCUCUGAGAAAUUUCAGCUCCCCUCAUAUUUUGAAAUCUCUCUCUUUAGAGGAGAGUGAAAUACAGUUUAGACUUCAUGUUGGUGACAACUCUCUUGCCUCUACCCUUGCUGCAUUAGCGAGUAUCCCCUGUGCUGCUCCA